CUCCUACAUUGCUCGGUCCUUGUCGUCUACGCGUCUCUGUUCGGAUCAUACUCUCGCGCUGUCACCAGCGCAUAUGGAGCCCGCAAAAGCACCGAGGUAUCAGCCUCCGAAGUGCUUGUCCAAGCAGGCAUCAGGGUACACGAUGUUUCUCAUCGCAGCAUCGAUAUCCGCAACGGAUGGCACUGUGAGAAACUCCAUCUGAUCAAUCAGACCGGCUUCGAAAGCACAUUGACCCUCGAUCUGUCGUAUCCUUGAGUUCGUAUGAGGAGGACGUACUCGGAUGCGAUCUAUCUCCGUGUUAUCACACUCUUUCUUCUACUGUUCGAUACAAUCUAACAGGUAUACUGCUUCUUCUUUUCUAAGAAAGUCUACCACCCUCCUCUUUACCCAACACUGUGCCCUGUCUCCUACACAUCUCUUGGCUAUGUUGUCCUCUCAUCUUCGCUUUUUGUCUUCCCGGGUCGCUCUUCCAUCCUUGGUCAAUUGCUCCUUCCUUCUUCAUGGACCGCUCUUUCCUUUCUUCGUUGACUGUUUUUUUUUCCGUCCUUUUUUCGCAAUGCUCUUUUCUCUUUUCCAUGGACCACUCUUUUCCUCAUGGACCUUUUCCCUUCUCUGUGAAUCUUCCCAUUUCUCCUACUUUUCUCUACAUGUCACCUCCCUUCCUUGCUUUUGGGGUCGAAUCACGCCUCUUGUCUCUCUUUCUUCUGAAACAGCUGGGGGUUUGUUUAUCUCUAUGAACUUUUACCCAUUUAUCGUGGAUGAUCUCUCUUUUCCAUGAUAAGCAAAUUAUGAUCACUCUUUUUGGUAAAUUUAUGUAAAACCGCGUUUCCAUGUUUUGUUGUGGGAAUUUUUUUCACUUCUUACUUUCCUACUUCCCUGAAAACCAAUUUCCUUCUACUACAAAAAAUGAUCACCGGAAAGCAAAAAAGUGGAUGUGAGAGACA